GAAAUAAAUCACCUCAAUCAUAGAAAGGGGGUGGUUCCAUCCCGAACUCGUGCCCAGGCAUUUUCAAGAGGUAUUUGCUAUCUCAAAUCAAUCAGUUUUCGGUUUCAACUCUAUUUUCUUCUUCCGGAUCGAGUACCUCUCUCCGUUUUCUCUGUGGUUUCACCAUGGCGUCGAAGCGGAUCUUGAAGGAACUCAAGGAUUUGCAGAAGGAUCCACCUACAUCUUGUAGCGCCGGUCCUGUUGCUGAAGACAUGUUUCAUUGGCAAGCAACGAUUAUGGGUCCUCCUGACAGUCCUUAUGCUGGAGGCGUUUUCCUAGUUACGAUCCAUUUUCCUCCAGAUUAUCCCUUUAAGCCACCUAAGGUUGCAUUCAGGACGAAGGUAUUCCACCCAAAUAUAAAUAGCAAUGGAAGCAUUUGUCUUGACAUAUUGAAGGAACAAUGGAGCCCUGCUUUAACUAUUUCAAAGGUGUUGCUAUCUAUUUGCUCCCUGUUGACGGACCCAAACCCUGAUGAUCCUUUGGUUCCUGAGAUUGCCCACAUGUACAAGACAGACAGGAACAAGUAUGAGUCAACCGCUAGAAGUUGGACCCAGAAAUAUGCUAUGGGCUAGUGACCUGGCAUGUGUGAGGGAGAGCCCUUAUAUUUCCAGUGUUCACGCCUAACAAGCUGUGUACGAAUAUUUGUUGCCUUCAAUAUUGGAUGGAUUAAGGCCCUCCAGUUGAAGAUGGAUGCGGGAAAACGUUUCCUCUGUUGUUUGUAUUGCAUUUGUUAUUUUUAAAACAAACGAAACGUGGCUCUAUUAAAUGUUUCUUUCAACACUUUACCAUUUUGACUGUGCAUAAUAAUUUUCUUUUCCAAUUUAUGGACUUGAGCGUUGCAUGAA